AUGAGCUUUCGAAAGCGCAACGCCGAUCAGCAACCGAAACUACCUCCUGGAUCACGCCUUUCUGCAUACAAUGGAGCACUUCUCAUUUCAACGGGUGUGCCUUCUCUUGACGACAUUCUAGGUGGUGGUCUCCCUGUUGGCACGGUCUUGUUGAUCAAGGAAGAUCGCGCCACGACCUAUGCACAGCUAUUAUUGAAAUACUUUAUGGCUCAAGGCAUUGCUUCGGGACACCAAUGUGCAUUAGCUUCACUCGAUGAGGAUGGCAACGAGUUGCUACGUAACUUGAUGUGGCUGGCUACUUCUGAUACCGAUGUGGACGAUCACGACGAAGGAAGCAAACUAGCUGGUGGACGUAACGCACGCACUGGAGAUGAUCGACUCAAGAUUGCUUGGAGAUAUGCACAUUUGAAAAAGUUCGAGUCAGGUGUUCGCACAGCUUCUCCACAAUCACCACCACCAUCUUCCAAUACAAGUGACAAGAACAAAGCCGACACAUCAUCAUCAUCAUCGACAUCAACAACAACAGCCUCCAAUGAACCAAGGCCUUAUUGCAGUUUGUUCGACUUGACAAAACGAAUUCCUGAAUCAGUGUUGGAUGAAAGCAAGGCCACUGUCUUAGCACCUACAGCUGCUGGCAUUCAAGAUGAAAGCGACGAUGAUUAUUGGACAUUGAUACAAGACAUUCGUAAGCUGAUUGUAGAAAACAAUUUCAGCUCAGCCCUACCUGCACCACCCAACACUACACGCAACGUGUUACGAGUUGGUAUUCAUUCUUUGGCGUCUCCCAGCUGGCAAUCCAAGACACCUCAUGAUCUCUACAAGUUCUUCCAUGCAUUACGUGGCUUGUUACGUUUCUCUUUUGGUGCUGCUGUGGUGACCAUUCCCGCUUAUCUCUAUGAUGAAUCUCCCAACUUUAUUCGACGUAUUGAGCACAUGGUGGAUGCCGUGGUUGAGGUGGAAUCGUUUGCAGGAUCCAAGAUACACAAUGAAGCAUCCUAUACACAAAAUUACCAUGGCUUCUUUUAUGUACACAAGUUACCAGUCAUCAAUUCGUUGCUUCCACCUAGCACCAAGUUAUCAGUGUUAUCCGCAGGCGGUAGCAAUGAUUUGGCAUUCAAGCUUCGACGUAAACGUUUUGCCAUUGAGACAUUCCAUUUACCACCUGAAGGAGGUGUUAGUGAGAGACGCACCGAACCACCACCAUCAUCAUCAACAUCAUCAUCAUCAUCUUCGGAUUCUAAAAAGGAAAAGAAAUCAACGCCUCGACGCAUUGGCUGUGGUGGCUCUGGUGUACCCGGGAAACAAGAUCCGUUAGAGUUCUGA